CUUUCCUCCCCCAUCCCUCACCUGCAUUGUCAUCCGAUCCCCUCUUGCAAUUGCCGUCAUUGCCUUACUGACUGCUUUGCGCCUCUGUCGCGACUCUUCCCACCCCUUUUGACCCACUGAGACCUGAUCUUCGAGCGGGUGGUGGGUUCUGCCGGUCGGGAUUGUGGCCAACUGCUAUUUUGCCAUCCGCUCUCCCUCUUCCACCCCUCGUCCGCUUUCCCCUGUGUGCGUCACUCCGGUCGUGCUCCAUUUUACUGCCGGUCUUUCCCUCCAACCCUAUUCUUCAAGGAAAAAGAAAAACAUCUCUGAAUAACCUUCCCAAACCAGGGUCUGUGACUCGAGAUUCUCCUCGAUUCCCUUGACCCUUGGGAUUCCCUUCCCACCCCCCCCCAAUCCUCGUGUCUUCUGCCACCCACGCCUUCCGCAAUGGGUCGCAAGCCAAAUCAGUUGAUCCUCGAGUUCUUCAUCCGCGGCCAGAAGCUCGAGGACGCCAGUAAUCGCUACCAACACACCUGCAAAGCCUGCGGCGAAAAAUUUCCCAAGGGUCGCAUCGAUAGUCUGACCAACCAUCUCGUCAAAAAGUGUCAGGCGAUCCCUCUGCGCGACCGACAACGCGUCUUGUUGCGACUUCACGAACUUCCCGACCUUGCCGACGGCGAUCAAAACAAAGACGUGACGGGACCGAACAAAGGCAAGUCGGUGGAUUUGCCCUUCACGGCUGCAGCUCGGCAGAAUUUCGACGGGCUUAACGUGUUGGCCGAGGCUUCGAGACAGGUGGGCGCCUCCGACCAGACCAAACGGGGCGGGCCCGCGUACACUCAGUCGUUGACGGUUGGAGGCAAGACGGUCGUCGUGGAUCCUGCACUCGAGGCCGAGGGCUUCCAGGGUAAUCCGACUCAGCCAGAGACGGUCGAGGAGGAUGUGAAGCCACCUGGAACCCCUCAACCAGCUUCCAACGCCUCUUCCCUGCCUUCCCUUCCCAGUAGUUCCCCAGCCGAACCACAACCGUCUGCAUCUCCGGCAAUGGCGGAAGCGUCCCUCGCGACCGAUCCCGCUGCCAACGCGCGUCAGUCACAGUUGUCCAUGAUCGCCGCCUCUGCGAGUGAGAUGGUGCCUCACGGACUUCCGAUGGACCAAGAUUCUACUGUCGGACUUGGAGACGGCCUUCCCAAAAUGAGUCCGCCUUGGAAUCAACAGCUUUCCACCCAGGAGCAGCUCCUUUUCGACAGCCUUCAUGAACACGACCCUACCCUGACCGCCGCUACGCAGCGCGCAGCAUCCUUCCCCCGUCCGAUUGCGAUGAAUCCGAACUCGCAAGCCAAGGGCUUCGUGAACGAGUUUGGAAACUCGACUAAGCCUACAAAGCCCAAGGUGCGCGGUCGGUUCUCCGCUGCACGACGCAGGGAGGUCCAGGAGGUCAGAAAGCGGGGCGCUUGUAUUCGCUGUCGCAUGCUGAAGAAGCCGUGCUCCGGAGACAGUCCUUGCACCACCUGUGCUAGCGUCGAGAGCGCUCGUCUGUGGAAGCACCCUUGCAUCCGUACUCGGAUUGCCGAAGAAUUCGAGCUUUACAACGCAAACUUGCACGCUACACUGGCAUAUCACGAUGUGAGCGGCAUUCGAAACCAGGUCAAAUUCGAACACUACGCUGGUCGUAUUGAGGUCACUCACUUCGAGGAGAGCUUGGUUUACGUCACUUUCAGCGCGCUUCACGGUCACAAGUCUUCUGCUUCCACACUCGAUCCUCAGCUGCAGGGUCUGGGGGAUGAGACACAAUUCCAGGGACCUCUUUCUGAGCUGUACUUGCUGGAUAGCGAUGCCGAUGACCUGCCCGGCAAGAUCGAGAUGUACAUCAAGAAGACCGCGCCCUACUUCUAUGAGCGUGAGACUUCGGAGUUCAUGCGACCCACCUUGAUGCUUGCAGCAGAGUUAAGUCAGCAGAAGAAGGACAUGUUGCUGGAACGUGUGUUGGAGCUGUGGAUUGCUACCCAUAUCCUAGUGGAUUCGGAGCUGCAGUGGAAGACGUACUGUAACCCCACUCUUCCGCCGACCUCGGUGCACUCUUUCGCGCAGCCUUCCGAUGAUGGUCGCACACCGAUCGACGAGGUCACCAAUAACGAAUCAUAUGCUCUGCUGUGCUGCCAGCUGCGUGCGGCAACCGAGAAGCGUGCGUCCCAACUGAGCAAGUCGGUGAUGAACGACCUCGAGCGGCGACUUCUGCAGCGCCAGCAGAGUGGUUGGUUUGAGACCUUCCUGGUAGCGAUCAUCUUGUUGAACUGUGUGGAGAGGACUUGCUGGUUAUUCCGCUCCUGGGACGACGACAACUUCGCUCAGCGUUGGCCGUUGGACAAGCGCCCUACUUAUUACGCCAGCCAGGGUGACCGCUUUUCGGAUAUCUUGCAUAUGCUGUUGAAGAUGCGCAGCUUACCGCCUAAGGCGACUCCGCGCCCCGAUACCGGAAUCCUCAAGGCGGUGGACGGGAGUGACGAGAACGCGGCGCGCUGGUUCGACAUGAUCAAGAUCACCUCCUUGUUUCUCGAACAGCGUCAAACCACCGUUUUUGACCCUGCCGACUCUCGUUCCCUCGACCUCCGCUACGGAGCCAAACUCCUGCCCCCAUCCAACGUCUACACCUAAUUUCUUUUGACCAUAUCUUGCCUAUCGUCUAUCUUACCUACCUCCCUAGCUAGCUAGUUGAACCUUGUGUGUUACCAUUACAGUUACCACCAAGAAAGAAUAGGAAGCAAAAACGCCACACACCUUCAAAAACAAAACUAAGCGGAAUGACCCUGAUGAUGAGAAAUUUUGAUUCCUACUUCACUUUUACUUACUUCCACAUUAAGCGGAUUUCGUUUCGACUUGUCUUUGCGAUAUCUUGUGCCUGAAGGUUUUUUAGUUGUCGUUCUUGUUAUUGUUAUUGUAGUGAGUAUGCUUUAAUAUUAGUUGGUAUGGGGGAGUUCAUUUAUUUUGCAGUGGGGUGGUGAGGUGGUUGACUGAAUCAGGGAGGUAGGUUUGGUCGUUGAUGAUGUUGCAC